AUGCCUGAUCAGGCGGAGGACAAGGAGGCGAAGUGGGACACGCUGGUGCACAGCGGCGUGCUGUUCCCUCCCGAGUACACCUCCCACGGCGUCCAGAUGCUCUACGACAGCAAGCCUGUCGACCUGACGCUCGAGCAGGAAGAGAUGGCGACUGCGAUGGCGGUGAUGACGGGGACGCAGUACCUGGAGCGGCAGCAGUUCCUGGACAACUUCUGGGCGGACUGGAAGAAGGUGCUGGGGCCCAAGCACGCCAUCAGGGACCUGAAGAAGUGUGACUUCACCCCCAUCUACGAGUGGCACAUGGCCGAGCGCGAACGCAAGAAGGCCCUGCCAAAGGAGGAGAAGGACACGAUGAAGAAGGAGAAGGAGGAGGCGGAGGCCAAGUUCAAGCACGCCCUGGUGGACGACCGCAAGGAGCAGGUGGGCAACUUCCGGGUGGAGCCGCCGGGGCUGUUCCGCGGCCGGGGGGACCACCCCAAGAUGGGCAAGUUCAAGCGGCGCAUCUACCCCCGCGACAUCACCAUCAACAUCGGCAAGGGCGUGGCGGUGCCGGAGCACCCGUACCCGGGGCAGAAGUGGAAAGAGGUGCGGCACGACAACACGGUGACAUGGCUGGCCUUUUGGAAGGACCCCAUCAGCGCCAAGGACUACAAAUACGUCUGGCUUGCCGCCAACUCCACCUUCAAGUCCGACUCCGACCUUGCCAAGUACGAGAAGGCCCGCAAGCUCAAGGACUACAUCGGGGGCAUCCGCAAGGCGUACGAGAAGGACUGGGAGAGCGCCGACAUGCGCACGCGGCAGAUGGCUGUCGCCCUCUACUUCAUCGACAAGCUGGCGCUGCGAGCCGGCCACGAGAAGGACGAGGACGAGGCAGACACCGUCGGCUGCUGCACCCUCAAGGUGGAGAAUGUGGAGGUAUUGGAGGACAACCACAUCAAGUUUGACUUCCUGGGAAAGGACUCCAUCCGCUAUGAGAACGAGGUGGCCGUGCACCCCAAGGUGCACUCCCUCGUGCGCCAGUUCUGCAAGACCACCAAGGACAACAAGAUCAAGAAGCCUGAUAUGGACCUGUUUGACACGAUGGAUGCCACCGACCUCAACAAGCGCCUCAAGGAUCUCAUGGACGGCCUCUCUGUCAAGGUUUUCCGCACGUACAAUGCGAGUGUGACGCUGGACGCGCUGCUGCACAAGGAGAGCACCACAUCCACCGUGGACGAGAAGAAGGCCGAGUACGACCGCGCCAACAAGGAGGUGGCGAUCCUGUGCAACCAUCAGCGCAGCGUGCCCAAGGGCCACACGGGGCAGAUGCAGAAGAUGGAGGCCAAGCUGCUGGAGCACCAACAGCAGCUGGACGCGCUCGAACGCGAGCUCACCGCCGCACGCAAGGGGAAGGCCUUCGAGGGCGCCAAGGCCCGCCCCGUCGACUCGCUGGAGCGGCAGAUAGAGAAGAAGCGCGAUGCGCUGAAAAAGCUGGAACUGAACGCCAAGGUGAAGGAGGACCUCAAGACUGUCGCGCUGGGCACCUCCAAGAUCAACUACCUCGACCCUCGCAUCACCGUCGCCUGGUGCAAACUGCACGAGGUGCCCAUAGAGAAGAUCUUCAACAAGAGCCUGCUCUCCAAGUUCCACUGGUCCAUGGACAUCGAGCCCGAGUGGCGCUUCUGA